UCUUAAUGUAAACAAACAUGGGAGGGAAGACAGUCGCUUAUUUUUAUGAUCCGGACGUCGGGAAUUUUCAUUAUGAGUUGGUCCCAUGGUUGCUGGAUAUGGGAGCUUCAACCUGUCGUAAUAUGUGUACAGUAUGGAAAAUACAGCUUCAAUAGAGAAAAUACCGACUCCUCGACCCAGCAAUGAGACAUGUUUCCUUAGAGGUCCUGGACACCCUAUGAAACCACAUCGUCUAUCAAUUACACACAGUCUUGUCCUCCAUUAUGGCUUAUACAAGAAGUUGCAGAUAUACAGGCCUUAUCGAGCAAAUUUUCAUGACAUGACUAGAUUUCACUCCGAAGAAUACAUAGACUUUCUGAUGAGAGUUUCACCACAAAAUGUCCAGAACUUCACUAAAAAUUUAGGACAGUUUAACAUGGCUGAUGACUGCCCUGUCUUUGAUGGCCUGUAUGACUUCUGUUCCAUGUACACUGGGGCAUCCCUGGAGGGUGCAGUUAAACUAAACCAUAAUUGCUGUGAUGUUGCUAUUAAUUGGUCCGGAGGAUUGCAUCAUGCCAAGAAAUUUGAAGCCUCGGGUUUCUGCUACGUUAAUGAUAUUGUAAUAGCAAUCUUGGAAAUGUUAAAGUAUCACCCCAGAGUACUGUACAUUGAUAUUGACAUCCAUCAUGGUGAUGGAGUACAGGAAGCCUUCUACCUCACUGACAGAGUCAUGACAGUGUCCUUCCACAAAUAUGGAAACUACUUCUUCCCUGGCACAGGUGACAUGUUUGAAAUUGGACAUGAGAGUGGCAGAUAUUAUUCUGUUAAUGUGCCCCUCAAGGAAGGUAUUGAUGAUUCGAGCUACACCCAGGUCUUUAAGCCUGUUAUUGAGGCUGUUAUAGAGUUCUAUCGUCCAACGGCAAUUGUCCUCCAGUGUGGUGCAGACUCUCUCUCAGGUGACCGUUUAGGUUGUUUCUCACUCUCCACCAAAGGCCACGGUGAAUGUGUAAACUUCACAAAAAAGUUUGGUGUUCCGUUGCUAGUGUUGGGUGGUGGUGGUUACACUCCCAGAAAUGUGGCAAGAUGUUGGGCCUAUGAGACAGGGCUACUGGUUGACACAGACAUGCCAACAGAAAUACCUUAUAACACAGAAUACUUUCAGUAUUUUGCUCCGGAUUUUUCCCUUCACCCUGAAGUAAUAACCCGUCAAGAAAAUGGGAACAGUCGACAGUACCUGGAAGCUAUUGUUAAGCAUGUACAGGAUAACCUCAGAAUGGUUCAACAUGCACCCAGUGUACAGAUGCAGGAUGUGCCAAAAGAUGGGAUGGAUAUUAAUGAGGAGGAAAAUGAACCAGAUCCUGAUUCCCGGCUGCAUCUCAGUGAAGAGGAUAAGAGGGUGGAACCUGAUAAUGAAUUUUAUGACGGUGAAAAGGAUAAUGACAAAGACGAAGACCCUGAAGUCACGUCCUCCUCCUCCUCCGCAACUAAAAACUGAAUCAGUUCUUGAGAAAGUGAGUGAGCUCAAUGCUCCUGGUGAAUACUUGAAGCUUAACACUGAUAUUAUUAAUUUGAUUUAUCCAAGACAAGUGAAGCAAAUGAAUAUGUGGAAUAGUUUAUGAUAACUUGUAAUGUGACAUGAAAUAUAUUAAUAGUGAUCCAAAGAAAAUGGGGGUAACUCGUGAACAGUAUACUGUAUAUCAUUUUAAGGUUUAGCUACGUGGAAGUGAAUGAUGAUAAAGUGCAAUUUUUAAAAGUUACUCCAGUCAGUGAUUCUAUGAAAUGUUUAAGAAUAAAUUCUUUUCAAUUAUAUUAGAACAUUAUUCCUGUACAAAUAUUGGAAUAUAACUUUUAGACUAGCUGCUUUUAGAAGAUACAGUAUAUGUACAAGAGGGGGGUUUUCUUAAUUUUUUACAAAAAGUCAAUAUUGGUUAAUAGAUAGGUUUUAUUGUAAUGUGUUGUGGAGUUCUUUUUGUAAAAAAAAUUACAAAGAUUUUGGUAUACAGUACAGAACUAACGUUAUGUUAGUACCCAUAACUAAGAUGACCUCAAUAUAAACAACUGUAAGUUAUGUAUUUUUAUAAACAAAUUGAAACCUGAUAAUAGAAUUUGUCAUGCAUUCCUCAAAGUAUUAACCUUUUUUGAUAAAAGGAAUAAUUAUGGUAUGUGCUAGUUGUACAACUAACAGUCAACUAAAUACAAUAUUGUACAGUUUUUAAUAAUCUGAGUUCGAUAUGUGAAAUCUGUUACAUUCCACAGAUCAUAAAUUUACAGUAUACCCUUAAUUUCCAUGCAGGUUACAUUCCUGGAAAUCAAAGCUAAUAUGAAGAAGUUGGGAUGUAUCCAGGCCCCAAAUUUUUGCCCCAGCCCAUUAUAUUUAACAAUAAUACACUCUCACAACCCCAAUUAUUAGUCUAAGGAUUUGGAGUCUUCAUUAUGUGUAUGAUAUUAAGGAGUAAUUGACCAAUAACCCGGCUCUUCAGUAGAGAUGGUCGACCCUGUUGUGGCUACGGGCACGCUAUUUUUGAUAGUUAGUGCUUGUGUUUAUGUUGCUCUUGCAUCCCUCAUUAUUUUCAUAAUAUUUUUCUUUUUAUGCUGUGAUAUCUUCCUAGGCAUAUUCUUUUUUGUCUGCAGAUUAUUUUUUUGUCUAUUUUAUUAUUCCUUACACUGCAACAGAGCAAUGAGAGUUGAGAAGUAUACUAGUACAGGUAUUCUAGUUAGUCACUGAUUUCAGUCUUUACUGGUAACUGCUGUAACCAUCAGGUCUAUUUUGUUAUGAUGAGUUACAGCCAUUUUGUCUGCAUCCUGAGAAGCUGUGUCUUGGGAGCCUUGUGUCCUGGCAAUCCUGUGUUCUGCUUCAAAUGUUCCAGUAGUAGACCUGAAAAUUAAACUUUACAUGAUUGCUAGAAUAAUUUCCAAAGAUUGCACAGGGUGUUUUGUGAUAAAUACAAAAAUAUUCUUGCCAUUGUCAUGAACGAAAUAAAGCCAAAUGCAGAGGCAGACUAUGAUUUCAAGGUAGGAGAUAAGGAUAACAUCAGCACUGGAUAGACUACUGUAGUUGUGGCUACCAAAUCCAUCCAUGCAUUGUCUGCCCACCUAAGCCUAGUUAUUCAGCAUUCUUUUGAUCAUUCUGGCCAGUUUUAAUUUUUAACAUUCAAUGUACAGUAGCUAAAACAACUAUCUGUGCAGGUGGGGGUCGAUAUGCUCCUAAAUUGUAUGUGUGACUAAUGGCAGCCCUCAUAUACCAAUAUUUAUCGUCCAUGGUCUCAUAUUGUUUCCCACAAAGUAUGCACAGAUAGUUGUUUUAGCUACUGUAUAUAGUGAACUAUGCCAUAUGAGUAUAUGUCCCAACACACACAAAGCCCUCAUGUGUAGGCUGAAGAUAAAACAAAGAAGCACAAUUUAUUAUAAUAUACAGCUCCUCCCCGACUCCCGACGAGGUUAGGGACCCAAAUCCAGGUCGUAAGUCGAAAAUGCUUAAAUAAUACAUUGAAUUACCUUUACAAUAAACAGGCAGCCUGGAAAUGUAAACUGUAAACUGAUGGGUAUAAAUUACAUUAUCGAGGUAUAUCAUUAUCCUGAACUUGAAGACUUUGGAAAUUAAGGGUUUACUCUGUGUGUGUGUGUGUGUUUCAGCAAAGAGUUCAUUAAAUUGGAGGAUGAAA